CCGCUGGGCCCGCGCCCCGUCCCCCGCCGGCAGCGGCCCGAUCCCGCCGGGAGGCGCCUCUGCUCGCCGCAGGCCCGGUCCGGAAAGCCGCCUUUGCUCCGCAGCUUCCCCCGGGUGCGGGGCCUCUCUCCAUCCGCUUGGUCCUUGCCGCCUCCGGCGGGCGGCCGCCAGCGGCUCCCAGCGUCGACGCCAAGAGAGGCGGAGAAGAGCUCCCCGCGGCGGGGCCGGCGGCCAGGAUGUCAGGUGGGGACUCGGCGGCGGCGGCGGCGACCGCCUCCCCACAGCCGCUCCCGUUCUCCUUGCCGAAGCCCCCUCCCCUCAUGCAGCUGACGCCGGGGGACGCCGUCCGCCCCGUCGCCUCCGCUGCGGACCAAUCGCCGAAGAGCACCCGUCUGGCGGGCCGCCCGGAUUGGCCGGCUGGGAAGCCAGUCAGCUUGCUGGCCCCGCUGCUCCCGCCCCGCGGGGAGCCCGAGCCGCUCAUGCCCUUUGGCCCCUCGUCGCGGCAGCCACUCAGAGGGCGGCUUCUUGGCAGGUGCAGCGGGGGCAGCCUGCUCAGCCCCUCCAUGCGGCCCGGCGGCGUCGACCGGGGCUCCCUCAUGAUGGGACACCCGGGAAUGCCACAUUAUCCUCCCAUGGGAAUGCACCCUAUGGGGCAGAGACCCCCAAAUAUGCCUCCAGUUCCCCACGGGAUGAUGCCUCAGAUGAUGCCCCCCAUGGGAGGACCACCAAUGGGGCAGAUGCCUGGAAUGAUGCAGUCAGUAAUGCCUGGAAUGAUGAUGUCUCACAUGUCUCAAGCUGCUAUGCAGCCUACGGUUCCGCCAGGGGUGAACAGUAUGGAUGCACAAGUAGGUGUAACACCUCCUGGAACUCAGAGCUCUGUUUUGUUUCACCCUCAGACAACACAUCCUGUGGUUUGUGCAGCCCAGCAAACUGCCACAACCAACAGUUCUGCUACCGAAGACCACUCCAAACAGAAAUCCACAUGGACAGAGCACAAAUCACCUGAUGGAAGAACGUAUUACUAUAAUACUGAAACGAAGCAGUCGACGUGGGAGAAGCCAGAUGAUCUCAAAACGCCAGCUGAGCAAUUGUUGUCCAAGUGUCCCUGGAAAGAGUAUAAAUCCGAUUCUGGAAAGCCCUACUAUUAUAAUUCCCAAACAAAGGAAUCGCGCUGGGCAAAACCCAAAGAGCUGGAGGAUCUCGAAGCAAUGAUUAAAGCUGAAGAGAACAGCAUAAAGCCCGAAGAAUCAACUCCAGCAACAUCUGCUCCAGCUGCCGCGGCAGAAGGAGCGAACGCAACCAGCACAGCCACGGCUGCUGCCGAAACCGCCGCGGCCGGCGCUGCCGCCGCUACUGCAGCAACAGCGGCGCCCGAAGCAGAAUCUGCCGCGGCUGCUUCUGGGACAGAAACGGAGGCCACGGGCGCGGCCGCGGCCGAGGAGCCGGGCCAGGCAACGGCUGCACCCGCCGCGCAGGAGCAGAGCGGAGAAGCUGCCGCCGGCGCGGCCGACGACUCCUCCAAGCAGGAGGCUGCAGCAGAUGCUGCUUCAAAGAAAGAGGACGACGAUGCUCAACCAGUUAAAAAAACCUACACGUGGAACACAAAGGAAGAAGCAAAGCAAGCGUUCAAAGAGCUCUUAAAAGAAAAGCGAGUACCAUCCAAUGCGUCUUGGGAGCAAGCUAUGAAAAUGAUCAUUAAUGAUCCUAGAUACAGUGCUUUGGCAAAAUUAAGCGAAAAGAAGCAAGCCUUUAAUGCUUACAAAGUUCAAACAGAAAAAGAAGAGAAAGAAGAAGCAAGAUCAAAGUACAAAGAAGCUAAAGAAUCCUUCCAGCGUUUUCUGGAGAACCAUGAAAAAAUGACAUCCACAACAAGAUACAAAAAAGCUGAACAAAUGUUUGGGGAGAUGGAGGUCUGGAAUGCAAUAUCUGAGCGUGAUCGUCUUGAAAUUUAUGAAGAUGUCUUGUUUUUUCUGUCUAAGAAAGAGAAGGAACAAGCCAAACAGUUACGAAAGCGGAAUUGGGAAGCUUUGAAGAACAUCCUAGAUAACAUGGCUAAUGUCACUUACUGCACUACCUGGUCAGAGGCUCAGCAGUAUCUCAUGGACAAUCCCACAUUUGCAGAAGAUGAGGAACUUCAGAACAUGGAUAAGGAGGAUGCGCUGAUCUGCUUUGAGGAACAUAUCAGGGCGCUGGAGAAAGAGGAGGAAGAAGAGAAACAGAAAAGUUUGCUUAGAGAAAGAAGGCGGCAGCGUAAAAACAGAGAAUCUUUUCAGCUGUUUCUAGACGAACUGCACGAGCACGGCCAGUUGCAUUCGAUGUCCUCGUGGAUGGAGUUGUACCCCACCAUCAGCUCCGACAUCAGGUUCACCAACAUGCUUGGCCAGCCCGUUUUUUCAUCAGGAUCAACAGCACUUGAUCUUUUCAAGUUCUAUGUUGAAGACUUGAAAGCACGUUACCAUGAUGAGAAGAAGAUAAUAAAAGAUAUCUUAAAGGAUAAAGGGUUCGUGGUUGAAGUGAAUACUUCUUUUGAAGAUUUCGUUACGGUCAUCAGUUCAACUAAAAGAGCUACUACUUUAGAUGCAGGAAAUAUCAAGCUGGCUUUCAACAGUCUGCUAGAAAAGGCAGAAGCUCGUGAGAGAGAGAGGGAAAAGGAGGAAGCUCGCAAGAUGAAGCGGAAAGAGUCGGCCUUCAAGAGCAUGUUGAAGCAAGCGACUCCUCCCAUCGAGCUGGACGCGGUCUGGGAAGAUAUCAGAGAUAGAUUUGUGAAGGAACCGGCAUUUGAAGACAUCACGCUGGAGUCGGAAAGAAAAAGAAUAUUUAAAGAUUUCAUGCAUGUGUUGGAGCACGAGUGUCAGCAUCACCAUUCGAAGAACAAGAAACAUUCUAAGAAGUCUAAAAAACACCACAGGAAGCGUUCUCGGUCUCGUUCGGGCUCGGAGUCCGAGGACGACGACAGCCACUCGAAGAAGAAACGGCAGCGCUCAGAGUCCAGAUCGGUUUCCGAGCGUUCUUCCAGCGCAGAAUCCGAGAGAAGCUACAAGAAGUCAAAAAAACACAAGAAAAAGAGCAAGAAGAGAAGACACAAGUCGGAUUCACCAGAAUCUGAUAUCGAACGAGAAAAAGACAAAAAGGACAGGGAGAGUGAAAAGGAUAGAGCUAGACAGAGAUCCGAAUCAAAACAUAAAUCUCCUACUAAAAAGAGACCUGGAAAAGAUUCUGGGAACUGGGACACGUCCGGCAGCGAGCUGAGCGAAGGGGAGCUGGAAAAGCAGAGGAGGACGCUUUUGGAACAACUGGAUGAAGAUCAAUGAGAACAUUAUUUAUACCAAAUAUGUUUACAUUGUGGCAUAAUAAAAGAAACCAAUGUCUAAUUCAGGACGUGGGUUCCGAUAUCCUGAGUUCCAUUGUUGAAAUGACAGUGGGGUUUUUAAUUUGACCAGAUAAAUACAUUCAAGUACCGUUGUUAGGGGCCUGGCACCACAUGUGGGGCGCGGAGCGGGCUCUGUCCCGGCCCUGCGCUCCCUGCAGCCCCGCAGGGGUUGGACCUUUCUAGCAAAGCCUCACACGUGGCCCUUCUUAGAAAGGCAGUAACUGCUUUUCCUACAAUUUCAUUUGUAGAAAGAGAUUCUUAAUAUAGUUUCUUGUGGUUUAAUUUCUUCUAUGGAUUUUAUUUUGGAGAGGGGAGGGCAAUGGAAGGGGAGCAGUGAAGCCAUUUCUCGAUCUGAAUUGCAAAAAACAAGUCAGAUCUUGGAGUUGCUCUUUGUGAAGCGAGUCGCUGGCCAAACCCACGGUGAGCUUUUGUACAAAGACCUGAUUCCCGGCCGAGACCGUGUCCGAACAGCAGCUCGGGGACACGGUCACUGCGCGUCUCCCUGCGCUGGGUGGGAAGGCGAGCGGCCCCUGGCUGCCCGGCCCAGCCGCCCGCUCUUCCCGACCCCCAGCAGCUCCGGCUGGUACUUCAGCGCUUAUCUCCCGCUAAGAAAACUUUAAAACCCGUGUUGUAAAUGGAUUUCCUUGUGUUGCCUUAAGAACCUGCUGAAGAAUGUGCGGAGGCGCUGCGGCCCCGUCCGGGCGCGGGCGAAGCUGCGGCCCCGGCGGCUCCUCGGCGGGGGCUCUGGCCGGUGGGUUUGGGAUGUUCUGAAACCGCUCUGACUGCUGGGAAUAUUUUUGUACAUUUUUAUCAAUUAUUAAACCUUGUCUUCUAGCGUC